AUGAUGUUGGUCCGCCGCCUUUGCCCGAGCUGUAUUUCCUCACUAUCUCUUCUCCCCUACACUUGGCCACGACAGCCCCUAACUUUAACUGCAAAGUGUGGACAUGUGGGCCAGCUUCCUGAGAAGUCUGACCAACGUCGGCUUUUCGCUCCGGCUCGCUCUGCCACUGUGGGAAACUACGUCCCAAAGGCGCUCUGUGCAGUAAAAGCUAACAUUCUCUCUCCUCACGCCUGUUAUGUGGACAACUACAGUUUGACUAAGCCCACAGGAGCUGUGGCAACUGCUCAAUCGACUGCGAAAACAGUCGCAGAUGAGUCUGCGACAGAACAACGGCUCAGUCAUGCUGGAGAGGUCAAAGGAGAUUCUGCAGCUUCAGCCACAGCAGAUCCUGCUGAUGUCUGCUGGCAGGAGGGAAUGCCGUGUGUCAGUUCAAUCUACGUGGACAUCAAGAGGGACCAACAGCGCUUCUUGAGAAUGCUGAAUCCCAUGAAAGGAGCUCUCCUGGAGAGAAUAAUGGCGUGUGCCCCUGAGGGAGAGGCGGAUGCGCUCACGGAAUACUUUUCGCGGGUUAUUGACUACAACUGCAUAGGGGGGAAGUUACUCCGUGGUUUACUGACUGUGUACGCCUCUCUGGCCGCCAAUCGCGAAAUACGAUUCGUACAGUUCAAGGAUUCCGCAGCAGCAGCUGCUGCUCCUGCGUUCCCACAAACGGGCGCAACACGGGGCACUGUUGCGCGUACUGUUACAAUAUCAGGAGGACGCAAUCCAGGAGCACCCGGUUCAGCUGAUUCCUGUGCUGCGGGGGAGGCAGCCCUAGACAAGGCAUUCGGUUCGGAAUUGUGCAUAUUGGGAUGGGCGGUUGAGCUACUACAGGCUGCGUUUUUAGUUGCUGACGAUCAGAUGGACGGGGCCUUCACCAGGAGGGGGAAGGUCUGCUGGUACAGAAGGCCGGAAGUUGGGCCAGCGAAUGCCAUUAACGAUGCCGUCUUCCUAAUCUACUCUGUACACCAACUGCUGCGGGAAUUUCUCGGAGACCACCCAGCGUACGGUCCCUGCACAGAGUUAUUACAAAAUGUCGCCUUCAACACCGUGCUAGGGCAACACCUGGACACAAACGGUCACGUGAACAUGUUGCUGCUGCAACAGCACCAGCGAAGCUGCGUCUCGAUUGAUGUUGUUAAAGGGGACUGUUGUCGGCCCAAUCUGUUCGUAGGUCUCCGGCAUAGCGGCGUCAGUGACUUUUCUCUCCUGGCCAAAGUGGAAGAAAUAUGUCUGUGCACAGGGGACUACUUCCAGGCACAAGAUGACUUCCUGGAUUGCUUCGGCUGCCCAGAAGCCCUCGGCAAGGCUGGAAGCGACAUCCGGGAGGGGAAAUGCAGCUGGCCACUUGUGGAGGCUCUUGCCGCCGCAAAGCCCAGAGAAGCGGCGGAUUUGCUCGAGGCGUACGGCCGGCCGGAGGGAGAGGAGGUUGUCCGCGAGCUGUACAAACAGCUCGGAGUUAGGGAGCGGUUCAAACUCUACGAAGACAGCUCUCGCCGGAAGAUUUUGAGGCUAGUAGACGGCCUGAGUCACCCAGGGAUUCAGAGUUACUUCGCCGCUUUAUUGCAGCUCCUCCAUGGGCGACCCCAGUGA